AUCCAAUUCCAAACCCAAGAUGACUUCGAGUAAAAAGCGUAAAGCAUCGAAAUCCAGUCCGGCCGGCACCAAGAAAGUCAAGAGCCAGCCCACAACAUCUACACUCACGGAUCCUCCAGCACCUCGCCUCAAGCAUCAGCAUCUGCACCACAAAGCCAUCUCCCUCUACAACAAAAAUGCUCAAACACCUCUGCUUAGCCUACCUCGCGAAAUCAGAGAUCAAAUCUGGAUGUACUUAUACGGCAACCUGGUCUUGCACCCUACAGACAAAUACAGCACAAAUUCAGCGCGCCGCAACGUGCACCCUCUGACCUUCAGCAUCUGUGACGCGCCGCACACACCGAAAACCCUGUACGAGCUUUCACUGCAAGGCGCAUCGUCUGAUCCCAGCACGCCCCUACCUUCCAAGUAUUUGAGUAAUGGAGAAGAUGGAGCAAGCACGUGGGCAGCACCAGAGCUUCAGAGUCACGACUUCUGCGCUAAGAGCUGGCAGCGUGGUACUGCGCACCAUCGCCACCUUCCCACUGAUGAGGUGCUCAAAGUGCCAAUCGUUUGCCGCCAGAUGUGGAAUGAGAUGUCGGACACGGUGUACGAAACGUGCACAUUUGGAUUUACCAGCUCGGAUGACUUCUUCAAUUUUCUCUCGUGUCGCAAGGCGGGACUUGAACGCGUACGGAAGGUCAUGCUGGCGCCCGAGAUAAAAACCUAUUAUUCCAACUGCCUGGACGUGUCGGACCUGACGUGGUGGAGCUUAAAGCGGCUGAAGGGGGUAAGAAGCUUGGAUCUAUGGGUUGUGUGGCAAAUAGACAUGGACUACACGCGCGGGGAGGGCGUGGAUACGUGGUCGAUGGAGAAGAAGGGUGGUGAGCUAGAUGCGCGGGGGAGGAAACUACAAAGUCUGGUGAAGCAACUAGGAAGAUGGGAUCUGAAAUGCGACUCAACAAGAGUACUUGUAGAUCGCAACAUCCCUGGAGCCAUAAUGGGCGAGCCCACGUCCGAUUGCAACAAUGCCAGCGAAAUGGAUACUUAUGUAGCAAAUUUGCUAAAAGAAGUGGCGAGGUUGAGCAAGGACAAGGCAGCUGCUCUCCAAGAAGUUGCUGACAUCCAAAAGGAGCACGCAGCUACCACGACAAGAUACAAAGACAUACACGCCAGGCUGACCCAAGCCGAAGAGGCGCGCCUAGGUUUGCAUCGAUCUGUUCACAAUCGCAUCGCAGAGAAAAACGAGGUCAUUGCAAUGAAUAAUACCUUGACGAAGAAGAAUGCCGACCUGAUGAAAAUCCAUGCCGACCUAAGCCACGAGAGUGCCCAAGUGAAGAGCGAGAACGCCGAAAUGGUUUCUGCUCUCCAAAGGCGCGACGCUUUCAUCGCGCAGCUCCGGACCCAGGUUGCCUCUGCGGAAGAGAUACAUGACGUGGAGCAGAAGCAGCACGAAGCGGUCAAGGUGGAGCGGGAUCGGCUUCAAAAGCAGGUUGAAGACAUGUGUCAGACCCAACGCAGGGACAGCCAUCGUGACAGGGGUAGAUCCAAGCCCCGUUCGAGAAGUCCGCGGAGAUCGCCUAGUCCAGACUACCGCCAUUCGAGGUACCGAAAGCGAAGUAGAGGCCGAUCAGACUAUGCUGGGCGUGAGUACCAUCGGUACGAGCACUACAACUCCCGAUAUGACGAUCCAUCUACACACACUCGUCGCAGAGAGCGCAAUCGCUCAGCGUCGCAAGAGCUCUAUCCUCCAGCUCCUCAUGAGUCCAACCGACUACCUUCACCACGCAAAACACCAGAUAAACCUUCCGCUCCCAGCGACAAGGCUCCGCAUGACCUUACAGACCCACCGAAUACUGGUCGUAUACCCAAAGCUCCAAAGGCGCAAAUUCUCUUCUCUAUGCGACAACUCAACAAGAAAUCGCCACCGAAGUCAUCGAAGUGGUCGAAGGAUGUAAAAAGGAGCGAUCAUUGCGACCCUGACUGA